AUGUCGGAGGUUCGUGCGCUGCUGGAGCGCCUGAGCGUGGAUGGAGGCGAUGAGACCGUGCUGGAGUACGUUGCCAGCGUGGUCGAGGACCCCGAUUUUGAGUUUGGGCACGACUGCGAGGAGGCCAUGGAUGCCAUCGCCCCCGUGCUGGUGGAUUCCGGCUGCCUGCCCGACGAUGCGGCCGUGCUGCAGCUGUGCCGCUCCCUGCGCAGCCUGCUGGGGCGAGAGGAGGCCAACGGCACGAGUAACGGUGCCGCCGGCCCCGGCCCCCACACGCGCUCCGACUUCCAUGCGCUGGAGCGCGGCCCUGUGCUGAUGGGGGAGCUGGGCGACGCCGCGCCGCACCCCUCCGACCUGCUGUCUGGCCGCGCCCUGAUCCAGGGGCGGUACCAGGAGGGGGAGGAGGAGGAGUUCACGGUGAUGCGGCCCAAGGACGUGCUGAAGCUGCGCAAGCAGAAUGAGCGCGCGGAGAAGGUGCAGCGCGCGGCCUUCGCGGUGCACCAGGCCCAGGCCCUGGCGGCCAUGAAGGGCAAGCGCGUGACGGUGCUGCGCAACGCGGGCGGCACCGCCGUCCGCGACAUCCACCUGGAGCGCUUCUCCGUGUCCAACGGCGGCGCGGACCUGAUCGACGACGCCACGAUCACCCUGGCCCAUGCGCACAAGUACGGGCUGGUGGGGCGCAACGGCACGGGGAAGACCACCUUCCUGCGCGCGCUGGCGGAGGGCGAGAUCAAGGGCGUCCCCGCCAACUGCCAGGUGUUGCACGUGGAGCAGGAGGUGAUGGGGGACGAGGUGUCCGCCCUAGACGCCGUGCUGUCCACCGACCUGGAGCGCGCCGAGCUGCUGGCCGAGGAGCAGGUGCUGCUGCAGGCGCUGGAGGAGGAGGGGCGGGUGGCCGAGCUGGCGGGGCGCCUGGAGGCUGUCAGCAAGCGCCUGCUGGAGAUCGAUGCUUAUGGCGCCGAGAGUCGGGCGGCCAGCAUCCUGUCCGGCCUGUCCUUCACCAAGGAGAUGAUGGACCGGCCCACGCAAGAGUUCUCCGGCGGCUGGCGAAUGCGUGUGGCCCUGGCGCGUGCGCUCUUCGUGGAGCCCGACCUCCUGCUCCUUGACGAGCCCACCAACCACCUGGACCUGCACGCCGUGCUGUGGCUGCAGGACUACCUCAUCAGGCAAGCACAUUUGGGAGGGGGAGGGGUGGGUGGGUGGGGCAAGACGGUGAUCAUCGUCUCCCACGCCCGCGAGUUCCUGAACGCCGUCUGCACCGACAUCGUGCACCUGCACGCACGCACCCUGACCCAGUACAAGGGCGACUACGACAUCUUCGCCCGCACCUUCAAGGACCGGGUGAAGACGAGCCAGGCGGCGGCCGCCGCGCAGGAGGAGAAGCGCGCGCACAUGCUGGAGUUCAUCAACAAGUUCCGGUACAACGCCAACCGCGCGGCGCUGGUGCAGAGCCGGAUCAAGGCCCUGGAGAGGAUGACCGAGGUGGAGGUCAUCGAGGAGGAUCCCUCCUACGUCUUCAACUUCCCCACGCCCACCGACCUCGUGUCCCCUCCCGUGCUGGGCUUCACGGAUGUGGACUUUGCCUACCCCGGCGGUCCCCGGCUGUUCAGGGACAUCAACUUUGGGAUCGGACUGGAGAGCCGCUUCGCCAUCGUGGGCCCCAACGGCAUCGGAAAGUCCACCAUGCUGGGGCUCAUCAGCGGCACGCUGGAGCCCACCAAGGGCUUCAUCCACAGAAACUCAAAGCUACGCCUCGGCAUCUUCUCCCAGCAUCAUGUGGAUGGCCUGGACUUGGCACUCACGCCCCUGCAGUACCUCGCAAAGUGCUACCCAGGGCACAAGGAGCAGGAGUACCGCAGUCACCUGGCGUCCUUUGGCAUGACCGCUGAGCUGGCCAAGCAGACCAUGUACACGCUCUCAGGUGGCCAGAAGUCUCGGGUGUCAUUCGCCAAGCUGACCUGGACAAAGCCCCACAUGUUGCUGCUGGAUGAGCCUUCCAAUCACUUGGAUCUGGAUGCUGUGGAGGCGCUGGUUCAGGGUCUCGCGGCGUUCAAGGGCGCGGUGCUGAUGGUGUCUCACGACCAACAUCUCAUCGAGAGCACCGUGGACGAGCUGUGGGCUGUGGAGGACAACACCAUCAACGUCUUCCACGGCACCUUUGAGGACUACAAGAAGCGCUUGAAGUCAUGA